AGAGACGAAAAAAGUCCCCGCUUGGUGUGUGCAGCGCGCUGGCUGUAGAGGGCGAGGGCCCGCGCGGCAGCGGGGCGGGGUGCCAGGGGCUGCAGCAGUAGGAGCCCGGGGGCUGCACAGGAGGGAGGAGGCAGCCGCCGCAGCUGGAGAGGGGAGGCGAAGAGGCGGCCGCGCCGCCAGGGGAGAUGCUGCUGCUGCUUUGGGAGCCUCGGGUGGCGUGUUAGGCUGGUCGGGGGGUGGAAGCUCCUAGGACGCGGGGAGAGAGCUGGCAGAUGUCCCAAGCGAGGGAACCUCUUCCUCCGGGGCCUGAAGGGCCAGCGCCUGCAGCUCGGACCGAACGCAGCCUUCUGCUCUCGCUGCCUCGCGUUUGGCACCCAAAUGAGUUGAUUUCUGGAAAAGCUGCAGAAAAAUGUGAUAAAGAGAAUACAGCUGCAGGAGAAAGAGACAUAACACCACCUUCCAAUAACCAAAGCAUACAACCAAAGAUACAAGACCAGUCUGUCUGGGGAAAUCGCACUGAUGGUGACCUCAUCAGAACACAACCUCAACGUUUGCCUCAGCCAAAUACUUCAGCAUUGGAAAAGAGCGAGGAAGAAACUGGCAAGAUACAGAAUGGUCAUGCAGGUCUGAGUAAUGGAAAUGGAAUUCACAACGGGGUCAAACAUGUAGCUACAGAUAAUAGAAAAUGUUCAGUUCCUGUUUCACAAAAAAUGCACAGAAAAAUUCAGUCCAGCUUGUCCGUCAACAGUGAUAGCAGCAAGAAGAGUAAAAUAAGCUCUGCAUAUUCUCAAAAACCAGGUUCUUCUCCUGAAGGUGAUUCAUAAUUCAUCAAAUGAUUUUUAAAUUGCAAGACUUGUUAGAAGAGGCCUUUGAUUGUUAUUCUGGAGCAAAAUGGAGCUUUUGGUCUGGAGGCAGGUAAAGUUCACUUUUGACUAUUCAGACUGGUGAGUAAUUCUGGUGCAUCUUUCAUUUUUUCCAUGUAUGAGAUACAUAUCCCAGCCUCUAGUUGCAUUUACAAUGGAUGUAAUAGAAAACACAAUAUAAGGUAUAUUGCAAACUCCUUGGGGAAGGGGCUGCCUUUUUGUUCUGAGUUUGUACAGCACCUAGCACAAUGGGCUCUUGGUCGAUAUCGAGAUCCCUAGGUGCUAUUGCAAUACAAAUAAUACAGUAAUAUGAAUAACAAGGUGUCAGCUAAACAAACCUUUAUUAUUUAGCAAACACAACAAAACUGCUUCUCCAAAUAAAUGAAAAAGUCUGAAUAAAACCAGAGGCCAGUUGGUCACCACACACAAAGAUGGUGGGGGAAGUAAAUUCAAAAGUUAAGGGUUGUCAUCUGCUAGCCCCUGAGAGAUACCAGCUGGAGGACUGUCAGAACAAGAGAGUCUCUGUACUGUAUACCGUCAUCCAGGGCAUUCUGCAGUAAUCCAGUCUGGAGGGUGAUAAAAGCAUGGCUAACUAUGGGGAGACCCAUAUCUGGUAUCUUUAAAAAAGAGAUUACAACCUCCUGACCAGCUGCAAGUUAAAGAAAAUGUGGCCCCCAAUACUAUCAGGCAAUCUAUAUAAUGCCUCAGUAUUUAAUCCUCAGUUUAUUUGGAGUAGCCUAAUAUAGUGUGGGACAACCCAAGGUGUUUUCCUCAUUCUGCCACUUAGGAAAGAAGGCCAUUGUGCUGAAACAUCACUUGGAUCAGCUAUCAUGCUGAUAUCCAAUGAGGCCUUCGUACAUCUAGGAAAAAAGGUUUGUGGAUUCCACCAGGUUCCUGAGGAUGGAGCUGGUUUUCAGUAUGUGCUGCCCUCUCCUCCCCCAACCCAUUUAAUUAUAAGCUAAUAAAAGUUACAUUGAAACUCCUUCAUUCAGAAGACUGAGAAGUACCAACAUCUUGUUUUGUUGCACGGUGUUCUGGAGUAUAUAUAAUAACAAUGUGCAUCACAGUAGGAGGAAACUGCUGAAAAACAAUUACAAUGAGAUAUUUCACUGACGGUUUAUGCAGAGCCUGCUGGGAAUUCCUCAUGUGCCUUUAUUUUUAAUAAGAAUAUUUACUGUAAUAAACACUGUAGAUCUCUAUUUUUAGUUUAAUAAAAAGGUUUAAGUCAAAAAUUAUGAAUUAUAUUACUCAGUUGUAUCUCUUGAAUUAUCUUAACCAUAUGGGGCUGCUUUUAAAAUUAAGCAAUUUAUUAUUUUCUAAAGAGCAGCUUGGGGACCAUUUAAUACAUAUAACUGAAAGUGAUGUAAUUACAAACAGAGGGGCAGAAGUCAUGUUAUGCAGUCACAGUUUAUAAAUUGAACCUUGAAUAUCUUAAUAUACGUCUACAUAAAUUAUUAGUAUUGGUUUGGUACUGCGCUUGUCUCAAUGCAAUGCUUUUGUGACUACGUGUGUAUUCCACCUGUUAGUAAGCCAGUAAUCCACUGUUAACUCUGCCAGCAGCUAUAUAUAUUCUUUCCUGAAAAUUUGAUUGGUUUUUUUUACAACUUGUUUGCAAUACAGAGUGCUUAUUUCCACAAUCAAAUAAGAAUAGGUCAAAUCUCCAGAGAUGGUGAAUACUUUUGGAAAGGAUCUUGAGAAAAGUAUUCAUUUUGGGGUAAAAAAACUGUUACCAGUAUACUAUUACUUUUAAUUUUUUAAAUUUGUGUAUGUAUGUGUAUUUAAAACUUUGAAGCUGUACUGGCAACCCCAUGGUUGAAUUUAGUACUGAAACUUUGUGUGUGUGUGUGUGUGUUUCCGUUCAGUUGAAAGUUUUUGCUCACUUAUUUCAAUAAGAGAUGAACGUAGCCUUUUUGCUCCUACCUACAAAUCUAAGUAGCUCAAACAGAUUUUGACUAUAGAUCAUGGCAUGUGCAUUUUCAAGGUUCUAGCUCAGCUUUUUUUUUAAAAUUCUGUUUCAAGCAUGUUUUGCAGUUAGUAACUUUUACUGAGGUAUCACUGAGAUUUAGUGAACUAAGAAGUAAAUAUGAACCAAGGUAAAAGUUUAGAUACAUGGGCUCAAUGUAUUGAGUGGAAACCAUGUCUGAUUAGCAUGCCUUAAUGUUCUUACAUGUUCUGAGAUUACUAUGUAUUUUCUGUACUUUUCCCUCAUAGCUAAGAAGAAAGUAGACCCUCCCUCCCCCCCAAAAAAAGAAGGAAAAAGAAAAAGGAGGAGUAAAUCUAAUUUCAUUUAAUUGGCCCUGGUAUGCCAAACUUGUGGCUAGGUCACUUAACUCCUCACUUUCAUUAUGCUGUUUGUUUCCAGGGACUGGUCACAAGUGUCCCCAGAUUACACAUCAUGAAGAAAAUGGUUCUGACAUAGGGAUGGAUGAGACACAAUAAUUACUGUCCCUCACUGUUUCUGCAAAUGCUCUACAUAGGAGAUAUUGCUAUCAAGUUUAGAGAAAUAUGUAUACGGUCUGGUUUGGAGAGUUUUCCAAAAUUGGUGUGAAAACAAUGACUGUUGGCUAUUUUGUCCUCCUUGCUGGAUGAUUAAGAGGAGGAACUCCGUGCUAUUUUCUUAAAGGCCUUAAGCAACAUGUUAUAUAAGGGUUCCAUGUUAUUACCUGCAACCAUAUAUUGUUAGUCCCCUGGUGUCUGAAAGGGUUAAAAUUAUAGCGAAGGAUGCCUUUUUUUACAGUAGACGACCAUGAUUUUAAAAGCAAGGGUCAUAGUUGUAGAGCUCAAGGAUUUAUUCACAUUUCUUAGCAGAGAUAAUUCUGUACCAGUCUCAUAAAUGUUGCUCUUUUGCAUUAUUCAGGGUAGCUCAGAAUAGGGUGCUUUGAACUGAUUUUUUUCCCCCCACUUUAUUAAAAAAUACUGAAUUCCUGUUUUCCUUAUUUUUUGAAUGUUGUACAUUUUAUAGUGCUUUCUAAUUAAUGCCUUUGUUUUAAAAAUGGGGCAUAGAGACUCCUGAUCUCAGCAAAUAUCUUAGCGAGUAUACUUUUGCUUUGGGGCAAGCACAACUUAAUAUUCAUAAAUCUUGGAAUGCAGAGGCAUAACGUGAAGAGAAUCAAUGUGGAUUCUCAAGCAUUAGGUAUUGGGGCUAAAUAUCUGAUGUGAACAACUUAUCAGAGGAUUGGCAACAUUAUUAAAGUAUCAUGUAAGAACCAAGAUAUCUCUAAGUUUCAAAAAUCCAUGGAAAGAAGAACUCCAGUACUAGUUGACAUUUCAAUAAAAUAUGGCUAAGAAGAAAAUACCAUGUAUAAAGAGAUCUCAGUAGACUAGGUUGAAUGAAACAAUAAAGUAGAAGACAAAGCAAUAAAAUAAAAAUAGAUCCUUAUGGAUGAAGCUUGAAAUAUGAAAAUCAAUUAAAGCCAGUUUUUAAAAUGAAAUGCAAUUAGACAAUUUUAUGAGAGGCACGACAAAUUGCAUCUCUUUGUGGAUGGGUGCAUGGGUGUGUGUCUUUUUAAAAAUUAAUAUUUUAUUUAUUUUUGAUUGCUAGAAGUCUCAAUAGGUAUGCACCUCAAUAGGUGCUCUGGGUGCUUUUUAGACAAAUUAGCAUUAACAAUAUCAAUCAUGCAAUCUAAUACCAUGAAUUGCUUCUCCCACUUCAAGGAACAGAUAAACAUCCAUGAGCAAAUAUAGUAUAAAUAAAACAAAACAGCCCGUAGCAAACAUAAUAGAUCCCUCCAACCCAAGCCCAACCCCCUUCCCAAAAACCUGGGGGAAACUAUGGGCUUUUCAACAUAACCAGAAGGUUAACACAUCCAGGCUGAGGCACAAAGGGGCAAGUUCCAAAGUAGAGGGUCUCUUAUGGAAAAUGCCCUGCCAGCAACUACCUCUCUUUUGUAUUGAGGGGCCUCCGUAUCAAGCAUUUUGACUGAACUGAACUGUGACAGCAUCAAAUGGGGAGAGAAGCAAUCUCCCAGGCAGCCAGACCCCAAACUAUUUAAGACUGUAUAGGCUAAGGCCUAAGGAAUCUUCAGUUCCACCUGGAAACUUACUGGGAUCCAGUGUAGAUUCCUGGUGAGGCAGCAUUAGGGACAGCUUUAGUUUGGGCUGUUUGAGGUAGGGGUGGAGCCUGAGUAAUGUGGUUGACCUGGCAGUCAGCAUUAGCGAGAAACAAGACUAUUUCGGACUUCUACAGGUUAACCGGGUUUACUCUAGAACAUAUUCUGAACCCAGAGGAGAUCCUGAGCCUGCUCUACUUUACCUUAAGGACUGUCCUGGUGUGACUGCAUAGUGAAGCCUGACCCCAAGCCCUGUUCUAGGGUUGCAAAUAAACUGAUGGGCUGGAGUCAUUCUGGCCACUUUGCACCACUCAGGAUUCUGGAAAUAGCCAAUGAGAAUUCCUAGUGCAAUCCCAUUGCAAUUAGUUUGCAUAUUAUAACUGCUGUUCAACGUGUGUUACGUGUUCCCUUCUGUGCCUGAUCCACGAAGGAUAUGGGUUUGCUACAAGCAGGGGAUAAUGCCACAAUCCUGCAAACAUAUAAGCAUGAUUGAAGCCUUAGCCCUUUAGCUUAAGUUCAUGCUAUGGAACUUCUGAGUUCAAUCUUCCCUGACUACCAAGAUGAUGGUUGUUAUACACAAGCAUAGGUGAUUGGAAUUUUAAAGAAUUCUGUUGAAGAUGAACAAGGAGGAAUAGAAUCUUUCUCUCCCAGCUGUGUUCAUUCUGCAGGUCCACUGCAUAAAAAGCAGUAAAAGCUUUUUGUCACUAAAGUCAGCAGGUACAACUCAGAAAAGGAACAGCUCCAUGGAAUACAAUAACUAUUUUUACAGAGUCAUGGCCACUUUUCAUAGUAGAAACAAAGUUUAAGAAAUGCAAGACUUACCUGUUUUUUCAGGCCUUUUAAUUCUGGCAGUGGUUUAUCCAUGUUAGCUGAGGCAAGGUUUUGAAGGUGUCUGCUCUUUUGGCCUGUGCUAUCUGUUUUUUGAUAUCUGAUUUUAGUUGCUUGUAUUUGUGCAUAGAUUUGGUUUUGGUAUGUGCUUUAUAAAGGAACAUUUAAAUAAAUAUACAUCAAAUAAUAGAUUUUUUCAUGCCACCUGCUUCACAGAUGUUGGUAUUAUUAAGGUGAUAAACUGUAAUUACUCUGUGAAGGCAAUAUCUGGAUGUAAGUAGGCGAAACAUGAGUCGUAAAUGUGUGCACAGAGCCAUUUUACAAUCCUGGUAAAGAUCAUAUUAUAUUUGAUUCAAAAUAAGGUAGGCAAAAUCUACACCACCUUCAUCUUUUAAAUCAGUGGCACUUAGCCAUAGAAUGGUGUCCCAGAGAGGCAAAAAAAUGAAUCUGUGGAUCUCUUAUCUGCCUCUCUUAACUGUGAUACUCAGUUUUUAUUUUAAAUUAUUAUUUUUCCUUAGGGCACUACCACACCAUUGUGAAACUUUGGAAGAAAGCCCCAUACAAUGUAAGAGACUGUGGUUGACUAUUGCUGCUUCAAAUUAUUUAUGAGUAGACAUUUUGAAUGAGAUUUUGAGAGGUAUGUCUAGAAGCACAAAACUCUCAACCCAGCAUGAGGGAAGCUCAGCUAAUCUCCUGAUUCUAAUCUAAGCCAUUGUCAGAGCUGAUGUGACCCUCAAGUAACUUUAAAAAGAAAAGGAGUACUUGUCAGAUGCAUUCCGAUGAAGUGAGCUGUAGCUCACGAAAGCUUAUGCUCAAAUAAAUUUGUUAGUCUCUAAGGUGCCACAAGUACUCCUUUUCUUUUUGCGGAUACAGACUAACAUAGCUGCUACUCUGAAACCUGUCAAGAAACUUCGACUGCCAGCAGCCUGUCCCCAGCUGCCUAUGGAAUCCCUGCUGUGCUGCAGCCUUCCCCCUUCCUGAUGAAUCCCUCCCAUCCCCAGACGAGCCCCUUGUGCCAGAAUUUGUGGUACAGGCACAGAGAGCCAUGAAAGCUGCCUUGGAUAAAGCUUGUGCCCAAGGAAGGUUUCCCCUGGACAAAUCCAGGGUGCCACUGGUUCUUUUAUGCUCUCACAGCAGCAUAAAUAAGCCACAGUGGCGGGGAUAAUCUUACCCUUUGCGCAUAUAUUCUCUGUGCCAGGGACCACUGUUCUAUUUUUAAAAGAAUCAAAAUAUCACUGUGAGCAAAAUUCUGCCCUCAGUUACAUGUGGAAAGCCUCCAGUUGAGUUAGGAAGGAGUUGUGUGCAUGUUUCAAAAGGAACAAUUUGCUCCUUUGUGAGACAGACAGAUUUGCUGAAUUUACAAUAUUAUAUAUUAUUUUAAAAUAAAAUACACAUUUAGUAGAUUAGAACCUAUAAAAAUUAUGAUUUCAGAUCUUUCAAAAUGAUGGUUGUGUGUUGAGGAACUAAGAAUUACUGUAGGAGGGAAACAACUUAUCAAAAUCUUUGUAUGCAUAAAAUAUGUAAAUGAAUUAAUAAAUAUCAUAUGCUUGUGAUA